AUUUCUCACCUCGGCCGAUCACUCGCCGUGGAUUCCGUGUCCUAAGACACCGUUAAUAGUGUUCAUGUGCAACUUUCAGAGGUGUGAAUCUCGACUAACCCAGCGAACAAAAGGACUGGAAACAUGUCCAUUGAAUUCAAUAUAGUUACCCUCAAACUGUUAAAAAAAAUCCUGCCAUUCCCGUAAUUACCACUUUGUAAGGGCACUUGUUGACGAGUAAGUUCGCCGUCGAGGCUUUCACACUUCUGUCUACAGUAGACUAUUAACACCUCUGUUGCUGUCAUAUAUUUAUUAUGCUUUAAUGCAAUAUCUCUUACAUUUGAGAGUGUGAAGUCCGCAAAACGACAGUUUAUCAAGAGAAAAUGGAGCAGCCAUUAGAUCUAACAACAAAAAGAGACAAAAGUGAUCGCGCCAUAAGUGACCACACACAGAUUUUCUCACCAUUGGACCAAAAUCAAGGUUUCUACAUCGGGAGUGAUAUUUUACAGACCAAGGAAGAUGAAGCAAUUCGAGGCGCGGAUCUUAUGGGGGUAGAGAAGAAAAUUGUCCCAACCGCAUCAAACCUUGGAAUUUCGAAGAUAAGAUAUCAAGUCCAUCAAAAUACGAAAUUUAUGAAAGACGAAAUAUUGAACUUAAGUGUGGGAGAAGAAACUUCAAAAAGUGUUUCAGGAUAUGGAACGGAUCCCGAGGAGUCGAGGGGUGUUAAUAUUCAGGAGCCAGACAACAAUCUCGGACAAUUUGAUGUAUUUCAAAACAUUGAGAGAUCACAACGAGAUUUUCAAACAGUGAAUGAUCAAAAUAUUAGGAAUGGCGAUAACGAAAUCCAUAGAUUGAGAGAGGGAUACCCGGAUCAAGAAGAUCCAUUUGCGGCGAAUAUCUCGGAGGGUCUACACUGUGAACGGGAGGGGGUGCAAGUCAAUAUUAUGGAUUCACACUUGUGGAUGGCCUUCAAUGAAAUUCAAACCGAAAUGAUAAUCAACCGAAGCGGGAGGAGAAUGUUCCCAUAUCUCUAUAUUUCUGUUACCGGCCUGAAGUCGGACGGAAUAUAUGAUAUUUUGCUGGACGUCCUGCCGGCGGACAAACGAAGGUUUAAGUUUUUUAAUGACGCCUGGGUCCCAGUGGGUGUGGCCGAACCUCAGCAGGAAAAUUCCUCCUAUGUACACCCCGACUCCCCCAGUCUAGGGUCGCUGUGGAUGACGAGAAAAAUUUCGUUCGCCAGAGUGAAACUGACCAACAGCUUAGAGUCUUCUCCAGAGAAUAUUUUUCUUCAUUCUAUGCAUAAAUACGUCAUCAGGAUUACGAUCCGAAAGCGCCAGACCACAACAGAAGUCAAAAAAUGCAUUUCGUUUUUGCUGCGGGAGACCAAUUUCAUAGCAGUGACGGCGUAUCAAAACAGCAAGAUCACUCACCUUAAAAUCCUCAACAAUCCUUUUGCCAAAGCAUUCCGAGGGGACAAAGCAAGGUACAAGCGACCCAGACGAAGGUCUUCAGAGAAAGACCGUAAAGCAGAUGACUCAUACGGACAAGGCAACGAUGAGGUCAGUGAUGAGAAAGGCAGACGACUGUCGGAAUCCCGCGCAAUCUUCCCGUGGACUCACCAGAAUACUACCUCUAACAAAGACAGCGAAGAACUUAGUAGUAGUCUGACUUUUUCAUCGGAAUCGACCUCUAAGAAUGUAUUGAUGUCUCCAUACCUUCUGAAUGCCUAUCGUUAUAACGUCGGGAUCUACGCCAGCAUCAUGGCCUAUCACGCUCGCCUGGCGGAACUCAAUGGAAUCUCCAACAACUAGUGCUUGGAUAAUUUAUCUGUGCACACUGACCACAGGACGACAAUGUCCAAGGGAAGAGAGAUGUGACUAUGUCUGUCAAAAGUGCAUUUUGUAUAUGCUUUUAAGAUACAUACAAUCAUACUUUUGACAUUCUUAUUAUAUAUCAUGUCAAACUUGCUAAAUUUACAAGCACCCU